UUCGGAGUGUGGGGGGAGGAUCCUUUUGAACCCUUUUAUUUGAAAUGGAGGAGUGUGUAAACCAUCCCUGGGAUUGCUGAUGCCUUUUGAGAAAAAUCAAAAAUUUCCAAGUGGGGGAAAAAUAUGUAAAUCACUUCAAUAUUGGCUUUUGGAGGCGAGACAAUUUGGUAGUGCAACAGUAUAUGCCUGUUGAAAUUUGCAUUCAGAACAAAAAGAUGUGCAUUGUUCUUGAGAUGUGUAAUAGGGAGAGGAGUUGAGGGGGCUUCCUUCCGCAUGUGCAACUCCAAGAAUCUUCAGAGGCUGGGCUGCCAUAUUGUUUAAUAGUCAAUAGUGUGAGGCUACACACAUUUUAAGUCAGGGGUAGGUCUCAUUACUUUCAGUGGAUCUUACUUCCAGGUUAGUGUUAGACUGCAGUCUUAUGAGUGUUUUCCUAUGAAAACACUCAUAAGUAUUAGAACCUUAUUUGUAAAUAAGCAGGCUUAGUGAAGGGUUUUAAGGAUGUAGUCUGAUGUACCCUUGUAUGGAUCCUAGGGGUACUUGCAUCUGGGUAGACCUGCAGAAGAUUGCACUGUACAGUAUUUAAUUUUCAGUACGUUCAUGUAGGUAUGAAGCAGGUUAGUCUGGGUUGUAGGUUAAUUUGUUCAAAUUUAUCCAUCAUUUUCUAAAUAGCAAAAAAAUGUAUACAGUUUAUUAAAUGGAAUCCUGAGUACUGGUAUGCUUCUGAGCUUUCCACUGUGUACAUCAUAUCACCCAAAUUCUGCACUUUUAUUUUAAGAUUUUUAGAAGAGAAAACAUGUUUAACAAUAAUUUAUUUAGCUGUGUUUUGAUUAAUGAAAGCAGAGUUUGGUAUUGAAAGAGGAGCCGACUAAUCUACCAAAGUCCUUGUGACAUUUUUUUUAUUUAGCAGACAAUCCCUUCCCCAAUGCAUCCACUCAUAGCUCCUGUUCUAGCCCUGAAUUACUGUACAUCAUGAAAUCAUGGUACCAGCUCAUAGUGAUGCAGGAAUAGAUACCUGAAGUAUGUAUACUUGUGAAUCUGGCAGGUUUUUUGCAGCCAAAGUACUGAAGUUAGCCACAGUUUAUAUUUAAAAAGCAAGACAAAAUGAAAUAAAUGUCUGGUGUUCCAUGUUAACACCAUUCCUACUCAGGGAUCGUGUCUCUUCCCACAUGUUUCUGUUGCCCUUUGUUUUUGAAAGGAUGAAUUUCAGACUGAAAGAGGUGCUGUUUCAUGGUUGGCGCCCUUGUGCCUCAUAAUUUUUACCCAAUGAGGAUAUGCAGGUAGCAUGAAUACAACAUUUGUAGUAUCCCAGUGGUACAGAAAAAUAUUAAACCAAAGUAUGUAUCCUCAGAGAAAUGUAUCUGGUGCAGCCACUGUGAGAUACAAGAAGCUGGACUAGAUAGGCCCUUUGCUUGAUCCAGCAGGGCUCUUCUUGUGUCCUUAUGUACAGUUUUAAAAACAUGACCCAAAUUUACUGAUGAGUAGGAUAACUUCAUUAUAGUCAAGGACCAACAGAAAUUUACUGUAUACAUAUACAAGGUUUUAGCAUAAAACCAUCAAGGUAUUACUCUCAGGCAAAAUCCUGCUCCAAGACCCAGAGUUCAACCACAGAAUGCAGGUGGAUCCCGUUGUGAUUUUAUGGUUCACAAAUUUGGCGAGGUGGACCAUGCAUGAGGAUGGUACCGAAGAUCAACUGGCUGAUGCAGUAGUAGGAUGUUUACUGAAGACAGCAAUGGAGCGAUUUGAUGUGAAGCCACCUCCCUCCCGGAGCCGUUCCAAGACCGCUUUGUAUGUGACUCCUCAGGAUCGUGUCACAGAGUUUGGCAGUGAACUGUAUGAAGAUGGAGGGAAACUGUAUUGCACUUUCUGCAAUGUGGUCCUGAAUCACGUGCGCAAGUCUGCCAUCAAUGACCAUCUCAAAUCCAAAACUCACACCAAACGCAAAGGGGAGUUUGAAGAACAAAGUACCAGGAAGAAGCCACGGACUCUUACUGCCUCUUUGCAGUGCAACAGUGCAGCCCAGACAGAGAAACCCGGGGUCAUCCAGGACUUCGUAAAAAUGUUUCUGGAAGCUAACAUUCCUCUUGAGAAGGCUGAUCAUCCAUCCGUGAGAGCUUUCCUCUCUCGCCACGUGAAGAAUGGAAAUUCCAUACCCAAGGCAGAUCAGCUAAGGAAAACCUACUUGCCGGAUGGGUACGCACAUCCUCUGAUCAAGAGUGAAGACCACUAAGAGGAAAGCUAUGUGGCUCUAGGUUCAUCUUCAAAGCUGUCUCAAGUAACUGGAAUUGUUUAUCCAUUUGAAUAUCUAAUGGUUUCGAACUUUUCUCACUUGAGGCCUGUGUGAUACAAUUUCCCAAAGUGACGCAAAGUUACUGGUAUCUCUUUUCCAUUUUCUUAUUUGAAGUUGUUUCCAAACAGCACUGCAUUCUUGGGGAAUUGUAAUUUGUAACUGAAAUAUUCAUAAGGCAGUCAUUAACAACAACACGGGAUCCUCUUAUCUCUCCUAUGGAAACAAAAAAUGCUGAACCCUUUCUCAUUGGAAUUACAAGCAUAGUGCUUUCCACCUCUAGCCUGUUUUCAUUAAACUACACAGCCCAAUUCAGUGAGCAUAAAAAGAGUGGGAGUUUUCACAGUAGAGGUCUGGUCUGCGUUUAAAAAUAUUUUAUUUCUCCUCUCUCCAUACUCCUGACCCUUGCCUUGGACUAAAACUGAAGGUGGAACAGAAUGGGCUGCAUUCUGUCUGCUAUUUAGUUCCACAUUGAAAAUUCCCAUAGAGCAUAUGGGAAGAUUUUGUGAUUGCACUCUGGCACUUAGAGCCUGCUUAUCAAAAAUGGUAGUUUUCAUCUUAAAAUAUUUAUCAUUUUUAACAGAUAUGUGUAAGCAACAUCUGUUCUUUGAUUUGGAAUCCAGUCUAAGUUGUAACUAAAUUAGACUCAUUCAAGUUACAGUUAACUAAGUUCGAUUGAUUUUAGGGGGUCUGCUUCAAGUACAGUUAGGUCUGCUAGGUCUUCUUCCCCAUCCUGUGUGUCCAGUGACUGGAAAAGCAUCCUUGUUCCAUUGCCCUCUCUUCCCCCUGUACUUGCCGGAUCAUCCUGAUCUAAAUCUAAAUAACGUUUGUGAUUUUUCAUAUAUAACUUGUAGCACAUACAAAGUUUUUCUUUUGUUGAACAAGCCUUGGGCUUUAUUACCUCUAUCUGAAAAAGAACCACAGCCUCAGAAAUCAUUUCUUGAACAAAAUGCAACUGGCACACAGCAUGCAUAUUCUGGUAUAGAUGAAAGACAUGCAGCAGAAUUGUUCUCAAAUGCAGAGGUGCAUGAGUCCAGUGCAGUUUUGUUUUAAGUGUUUUGCUUUAUUAGAAUUGCAGCUGUGGCACAUCAGUUUCAUAAGCAGACAUGCCAAUGUAAAGUUUUAGGGUUAGCUCAGUCCCUGUUACUCACUGUGAACACAGCUCAUGAUGAUAAAUAAACAUUAUAACAAUGUCCUGCUUUCUUUGCAAAAGAGAUACCAUUUAAAAAGUACCUAUUUUGUGCUUGGCGCUUUUUUUGGCAGAUAUUUUGUAUAUUUUAAAAUGUAGCAUAAUUUACUCAUCUGUCUGCCUUGUUUGAGAGGAAUUGUUAGAGCAAGGUUAGCUCUGUAAAACCUUGUUUCAUUUUUAUUAUUUUUGCUUAUCUACUAACUCUUUUGUGUGUUAGUUGGAUUAGGAGACUACAAAGCAAUGCCAUCCAUACAUGUGUACUUCCUGUCUUCCUCAUUCAUCUUUGUGUUAUGUAUGAUGUCUAGUAAUGGAAUAGAUGCCAUGUAUGUAAGGUAAUGGGAAAUGCAUGUGCUGUAUUUCAUGGGA